CGGAGAGAGGGAGGUAGAGUGAACCAGCAGCUGAGAGAGCCGGAGCAGGAAACUGGAGACCGCGAGCCGCCGGGCGUGCGCUCUGCAGAAGCCGGUUCUAAAAACAGCCCUCUCCUAAUAAAGCGAUGGAGCGGCCGGCCUCCCUGUAAUACUCGCCGGCUGCAGACCGUCAGCCCGAGCAGUCCCGAAAGCUUGGCAGCAGCUGACCCCGCCGCGCAGCCAGCCGGCGUCGCCCCGGCCCCUACAGCAAGAAGGGGACUUCUCUCUCCCAGGGCCAAAAAGGGAGAGUCUGGCACAGAGGAAGAGAGAGGAAUCCUUCCUGCAGAUCCCACAAGAUGCCCCGGGUAGAUGCAGACCUCAAAUUGGACUUUAAGGAUGUCUUGCUCAGACCUAAGCGCAGCAGCCUCAAAAGCCGAGCCGAGGUAGAUCUUAAAUGCAGCUUCACAUUUCGCAACUCCAAGCAGACCUACUCAGGAAUCCCUGUCAUUGUGUCUAAUAUGGAUACAGUUGGUACUUUCGAGAUGGCUGUGGUGAUGACUCAGCAUGCCAUGUUUACAGCGAUUCAUAAGCAUUACACCCUGGAGGACUGGAAGCUGUUUGCCACAAAUCACCCAGAAUGCCUGGAGCAUGUAGCUGUGAGCUCAGGCAGCGGGCAGAGUGACCUGGAGAGGAUGAGCAGUAUUCUGGAGGCUGUGCCACAAAUCAAGUAUAUUUGUCUAGAUGUGGCCAAUGGGUAUUCUGAACACUUUGUGGAAUUUGUGAAGCUUGUCCGAGCCAAAUUCCCAGAACACACCAUUAUGGCAGGUAAUGUGGUGACUGGAGAGAUGGUAGAGGAGCUUAUUCUUUCUGGAGCAGACAUCAUCAAAGUGGGAAUUGGACCAGGUUCUGUGUGCACCACUCGAACCAAAACUGGUGUGGGCUAUCCUCAGCUGAGUGCUGUUAUUGAGUGUGCUGACUCUGCCCAUGGUCUCAAGGGACACAUUAUCUCUGACGGAGGCUGUACUUGUCCAGGAGAUGUCGCCAAAGCCUUUGGAGCUGGUGCUGACUUUGUCAUGCUGGGAGGGAUGUUCUCAGGUCACACGGAAUGUGCUGGUGAAGUGAUUGAGAGGAAUGGUCAAAAGGUAAAACUCUUCUACGGGAUGAGUUCUGAAACAGCAAUGAAGAAACACUCAGGACGAGUUGCUGAAUACAGGGCCUCAGAAGGCAAGACCGUGGAAGUGCCUUUCAAAGGAAAUGUGGAAAACACUAUCCUGGAUAUCUUGGGGGGUCUGAGAUCCACCUGUACCUACGUUGGUGCUGCCAAACUCAAAGAGCUCAGUCGGAGGACGACAUUUAUCCGGGUUACCCAGCAGCACAACACGGUCUUUAGCUAACCUGGGGGACCGAAAACCCAUUCAACUAGAGUGGAAGCUUUGACAUGCACCCGCUUUGCCCACAGUCUCCCUUCUUGUCUUGUGUAAGAGCUUUCUGGCUCCUCAUGAUGGAAGAUGCCUCCUCUUCUUGCUCAUUCUCUGAGCAGCAGGAGGGCCUCUGGAGCCCAUAACUAGCAUCUCCUGCAGGCAUGUAACUGGGGUGGACUUAGUAGCCAAGCCCAGUGCAGAGUGUUUGCUGCCUUCAACAAGCACUCUCAUUGUUGAAAUCCAUGUGAGAUCCUUCCAUUUUUUUAAAAAAAAGAAAAUAGUUUUCACUUUAAUAUAAAGCUGUGUCUUCACAGUUGAUGGCUGGACUUUCCACUUGCCAGAAUCAAGCCCACUAUUUGGGAAUUUUUCUGUGUGUCCUUCAGAUGUGGUAACCAACUAGUAUUUACCAGGAUUAGAAGUCAGACAGUGUUUCCCUAGUGGUGACUACUGCCCAGUGGUGUCUUGGCAGGCUCCCUGGGGAGGAGGAGGUCCCAGCAAAGCCAGUCAGAUAGGGUAGUAACCUUGGUUCCUGAGAAAAUACCAAGGGAAGAUUGUAAGUAUAAGAACAUGAAACCUGGAUCUUCUAAGGGAGCUUUGAGAUGAUUAGGGUUUGGGCCCUCAUCUUUGAUCUGUGGAGGCCAGAGGUUCAUUACAUGUGCCUUCUAGGGAUGUUGUCAUAAGUACAUCUUCCAUUGAGCUUGUUACUGGGGGAAGGCUGGGCUGGUGUUGGCUUUCCCCUCUUUGGAUUUUUCCCCCUUUUCCUCAACCCCAUCCUUUACAAAGAACAUGUGUUUAGUUGUGUGCUCACAUUAAAAGUACUACAGCCUCUUGUAAAAAUCCUAGUGAGACCUUUGUAAUGAAGAGACCACCACUACUGGUAAUGGGAUGGAGCUCCCAUUAGUGUAGCUCUACUAGAAUGUAGAAGGAAGAUUCUAAAUUAAGAUACUUCCCUUGGAUAUGGUAAUGACGAUUUCUGAUAAUGGAUAACAUGUAACUACUAUGUAAUGGUAGAGUAAUUGACAGAUUACAAUGACAUUUUCCAGGAAGUACCUGUGGUUCCCAGAAGAAUCUCACAGGAAAUCAUGGUGACAAAUUAACCAAUGAAUAGCUGGAUCAAUGGCUAGCUCCAUGUUUUAAAGAGUUACUUGGAUAUCAAUACACUGGAAAGUUUGAGCAACUGAAAGCAGCCUUUGUUUUUUACCAAUCACAAGACAAUACCCAGAAACUGAGUCUCCUUUGAGAUGAGGGAGGCUUUUGGGGGGGUGGGGGGGUGGGGGAGAAGAAUGUGGACAUAAUAGGAAAUGUGUGAUUUUGACCAGUGAAAUAAGUCUACCUCUGGUGCUUGACCAUACAGAAUAUCAAAUUCAGCCUCAUUUUUUACUUACAGGUAUUUGAAGCAUGAGGCAUAGACUGGAAAAUUGUCAAUCUUUUCAGGACUCUUGAGGCACAUAUCUUGCCAAUAUCUUCAAGUUUAGUGAAGGCAAUUUUACCUCUUGCCUCUCCCCAAAUACAUGAACAUAGCUCUUAAUGCUAUAUAAAGAUAAAUGUGUAAGUGAGUUACUAUUGGGAAAACAUUGCAACUUCUGGUUAAUGUGGGUGAUGGAUGGGGAUUCAGAUUUGGAAAGAACCUUAGAGACUCUCUAGUACAACUGUCUCAUUUUAUGGGAGGAAACUGAGACCCAGAGAGACUGACAUGCUCAUAAUCAUUCAGAUCAAUUAAUGGUAGAACUGGGAUAAAGCAGGGUAUGAACCUGUCCUUGAAAUAUCAAGUAUCACACUUUUAGUACUUUUUUUUUUGGAUGGAGGAAGAGCAUAUGCCUUAUGAAAAAUGGCUUUCCUUUGCCCCAUCCUCUUUAUAGUUACUGUUUCUUUUUUGAAAUAAUUCAUUUUAAGCACUAAUUGAAGAGAGAUUUUUUGGGGGUAGGGAAUGGGGUGUUGCUGGUGGAUUUGGGGGAGAUAGAAGGAAAACAUGAAAGUAAAUUGUUUUUUAAAAAAAUCCCUUUUACCCCUAGCAACAAACAUCUUUUAAUUAUACCUAAUUUUCUUCCCUUUGGUCUUCCCUCUCACCCCCAAGGUGAAAACAUGAUGAGACAAUAGUAAAUCCCACAUGUAGAAAUAUGUUGUUUAUUAACUUAUAACUCUACUGACUUAGGGCUAACUAUUGCCCAUUUUGUGGGAUAAUGGGGCAGGGUCCUAGAUCUGUCUCUCAUAGGAUAUAUACAUACAUAUAUAUGUAUGUAUAUAUAUAUUUGGUGUGGGAAGGGACCAUAAGGAUGGGGUCACAAAGAGUUGAACAGGACUGAAAAUGACUGAACAACAAAUGUUGCUUCAGUAGCUGGGCUGAGUUGCAGAUAGAAAGAAAGGAAUCUAAGCUGACCCCCCCACUUGGGCUUGGUAGCAUCCUUGUGCAACUGUCACUUGCCUUGGUGUUGACUGAAUGGACAGAUGACUUAUCCUGCAAAGGUUUUUCCAUGUGUGAGUCAUAAAAAAGAGCACUGGGGCUGCCCUCCUAAAUAAAGUUGAGCCAGGAGAUGUUGACACAGUGUUAGGGUUACUUACUUGCUCAACAACUGCCUUAAAUAAUAUGGAUUCUGAACGCUUCUCUUGACUUUGGCUGAACUGAUAGCAUUUUAUAAUAUUUCAAAAUCCUCUCUAUGCAGCAGAUUGGCUAAAUGUUCUUAGUCUAGCCUAGCCAACUCAGUAAAGAGCUGUAUAUUGUCACGGACCCAAAUCUUCCUAUCAGAAUUGCUCCUGGCUAUGUUGUUAAAAUUGGAUUAUCUGCUAAGGAGAGCAGGGCCAUCCUGGUCAGAAUGGUGAGAGCUUGGUCAGGAUGCUUCAGGAGAGGUACCUAAUUUUAGAAACUUGUAAAUUUUAGCCUGCUGGCUGCCAGGAUGGGAGAUGACCAGAGGCUUUCCUUAGUUCCAGUUGAAAGUGAUCCAGCUUUUCUUUACCUUCUGACAUGUGGGCACCAUUAUUUCCUCUUCAUUUAUUCCAAUCUUAAAUCUGAUAAGCAGUGAGGAGUCCACAUCAGACAUGAGAAUGUUACCUGAGAAGUAGAGCUAAAAAGCAUAAGCAGUGUUCCAAUUAGGCUAAUAGAAUGAGCUUCCUAAUGUGGCUUAGGUAAGUUUCUGCAUGGAUAUUUUCUGGUGAAAAUGUCCCCUUCCUCUCUCCCACUUGCACUAGAUGACUUUAGCAGGACAGCAAACACCCUGGUGCCAGGGAGCAUCUAUCUUUCAUCAGAAGGAAGCUGAUAAACGAUCAUUUUUGGUUCUCCUUGAGCUUGGCUUACAUAGGCAAUUUCUAAAAGACAUACAUGUAUCAUCAGUCAUUUCCUAUGUACGCUCAUGGUCCAGCAACUCUUUGAGAUGAACGAGUCAUGCUAGUGGAAACAAUGGGAAGUAUAACUACUUGUGCUUUUGUGAGGCACGAUGAAUGACAUGAAUGAAUGAAUUCUUCCUUAGAAGUCAGUUCAUAGCAGAACUGUAUACAGUGUAUCUACAGCAGAACUGUAUAUAGGGUAUCCUUCACGCCACAUAAGUUCAUGAGCUGCCAAAUGCUUGUUUAAAACAAAUAUUCUUGAAAAUGGUACUGUUCAGUUCUUGAGAAAUAAAAAUGUUUAACUGGAUGAGCCAAGAUGCCAGAUGUGGAAAUGUGCCUGUUUUCUGUGAACUAUGUCUCAAGGAGGCAAAAAUGAAGUGAGGUAGGUGUUAGACCUGGGAAGGGGAACAACUCUUUUCACUUGUGCCUUCUUGACAGGCCCGCCCUGUGAAAGACUAUGGUCAAGCUGGACAAAAAUGGGGGAAGAUAAAAACCCAGAUUGCUGAUUUUUCUCUGGCCCAUUGUUUAUCUUUGGGAACCUAACAGAGAGGCAGAAACACAAACUUGCAAUUGGCACUGUUAUUUUAUUAGUACGAGUAUACUGAAACAAUAAACUUGUACUGGUAUACAGACAAUUUCUUUAAAACAAUUUUGUUCAAAUUUUGAAUCAAACAUUGUUUUAUUAUAAUAAUGAAAUAAUUUCUAUCUAGAAAACCUGCAAGCACCAUCAAAGAAAGGGACCAUAAAAUUCAAUAAACAGACUCGAGUGUAUCCUACAAAUAGACACACCACGAUUAGAAAAUAGAAUAUGAAUUCUUCCAUUUUUUUAAUAUUUGUUUUAAAAAAGCUAGUGCAAGUACAAUAUUUUACACUGGAAUUACAGAGAGUAUGCACGCAUAUGGAAAAAAGUUCUCCUGUCACAAUAAAAGCUCUUAACUAUG